UGCGCGCUGUGGAUGGAGGCGGUCGCGAGCACAGUGUUUGCGUUCGUAUUUGAGUGAGUGUGUAUUGUGUUCAUCAGCAGGACGCCGAUCAUCACACAGAGUGAGUGGAAGUUGACCUUAAGUAUGCCGAGCAACAAACACAGCAACCACAGUGGCAAAAAACGUCACAGGCACAGUGAAGUCAUGUCCAACCCAGCAUUUUCCUAUUAUUCUGGAAAUAAGGUGCUUCACUUCUAUCGCUGGAAUUCACCACCUGGUGUGAUGAAGAUAAUGUGCAUCAUCAUUAUCAUCAUGUGUGUGGCUGUGUUUGCCUGUGUGGCCUCCACACUGGCCUGGGAUUACGAAAUGAGUCUCAUGGGGGGCGGAACUGGUCUCGUACCAGGCUCAUAUGGCAGUGGAUAUGGAACCGGUUAUGGGGGUGCGUAUGGUGGCUCGUAUGGUGGCUCAUAUGGUGGCGCAUAUGGUGGUUCCUAUUCCGGCUAUGGAGGAACACAAAUGGAUCCCAGAUCUGGCAAAGGCUUUAUCAUUGCCAUUUCUGCCAUUACCUUCAUAGCUGUGCUUAUUAUAUUCAUCAUGGUUGUGUCAAGGCAAGGUACUGCCCGUUCAUCAAAGUUCUACCUGGCAUCAAUCAUUAUCUGCGCCAUCUUGGCAUUCCUGAUGAUUAUUGCCACUAUUGUGUACCUGGUGGCGAUAAAUCCAACAGCACAGUCCACGGGGUCUAUGUACUACAACCAGGUAGUACAGAUGUGUGCCCAGUUCCAGAACCAGGUCCAGCCCCAGGGCCUCUUGUUAAACCAAUACCUGUACCAUUACUGCGUGGUGGAGCCCCAAGAGGCCAUCGCUGUGGUUAUGGGCUUUUUGGUGUUUGUUGCCCUCAUCAUCCUGCUCGUGUUUGCGGUCAAGACUCGCCAACAGAUCAGGCGCUGGGGCCCAGAACGCAUUCUCUGGGAGGAAGUCAAGGUUGUCAAUGUUGGUCACCACAACAGCGUCGGGGAGUGGGUGACCAACGUGUCUGGUGAUCCAGAGGUGUUUGUUAAUGACCAUAACGAUAAAGUUGGGGCCUCUAGAGACUAUUUAGACCAGCUGGACUACAACAAGCCUCUAUACCUACCAGGAGACUCUGACAUCAGCAGCUAUGUGGGAGGCCUGCAGCCCAGGCUGAGGGACUACGACACUGGUGUGGAAUCUGGGGAUGACCUAGAGGAAGAAGAUUUCAGUGUUUUGUUUCCCCCCAUUUUGGAUGAGCAAGAGCGUCUGGCCUACAAACAGGAGUUUGAUAGGGAUCACCAAGAAUACAAGAACCUACAGGCUGAGCUGGAUGGCAUAAACCAGGACCUGGCCGACCUGGACCGAGAACUGGACCGACAUUCUGAUGGCAGUCCAGAGUUCAUGGAUGCCUUGAGUGACUAUAACAGGCUGAAGGACUUCAAGAAGUCAUCAGAGUACCAGAUUAAGAAGAAGAGGUGUAAAUAUCUCAGAUCCAAACUGUCGCACAUCAAGAGAAAGAUCAGUGAAUAUGACCGUCGACCCUGAACCUUCAACCCAAGACCCUGUCUAUGAACUGAACUCUCCAGUUUAUGAUGAACUCGUGUAUGAUUAUUAUAGUGAUGCUCUUGCCUAUGAAAUGCAUUUUUAUAAGCCAAUCAAGUUUUUCUACAACAAAAGGAUAAAUAAAAUGUGGAUUUUUUUUUCUUUUCUUUUUUUUUUUUUUUUACCUCUCAGUUCCACAAGUAACAUUUUGAAAAACAAGUAAGGUUUAUAGACUUUAUUGUUUUUCUCUUGUGAUCCGAAAUGUUUUGCAUAAGUGUGGGCACAGUUAAGAUGAGACCUAUAAUUUUUUUCGGUAUCGGAGUAGCUGUGCAUGUGCUCUUGUAAAUGUUUAUUUUUAUUCUUUCGAUUGUUCUGAAGUAAACUUUUCUAUACUUUAUUACCUUGGCAUGAUGGAUAUAAAGGAAAACUCUGUUUAGUAUGGGCGCAGAGCUUAUGUUAUUAGCACAUAGCAUAAAUGUUCAUGGAUCUGGGCGCUAAUAACUUCUAACAAUUGCCAUGUACUGCAUUAAACUACCAUUAAGCAUUGUCAUUUUUUUUGUUUUCCCACUGAUUUUUGCACUCUCCCUGAUAUGUACAGUAUGAUGUAAAAUCACAAAGCUAUUUGUUUGUAUAUGACACUGUGUAAACUUUCAUUAAAAUGCC